AUGCAUGCAAAAUGUGACCGGCUGCUCAGCUGUGACCCUAGACAUAGACCUUCGGCUGUUGAGAUUCUAGCGAAACCAUUCCUGAACAAUGUAGUAAUUCAAAACCAGGGGAUUCCAAUGGGCCUUGAAGAAAGCCUCAAUCAAUCCUUCAGGAUCUUUGAUGUGGCCUACAAUAACCGCUAUAAAAACUUUGAGGCCUUAGUUAAAGAGUGGGGAGUAACAACAGAUUCACUAGAGGAGGUUCAUCAUAAAUGUACAGCAGGCACUCUGGCAGGUUCAGUGAUUGGAGCAGCAGGUGGAAUCACUGCAGUGGUUGGUGCGAUUUUGGCUCCUUUCACUUUUGGAGCAUCUCUGAUUGUUACAGGUGUUGGGGUUGGAGUUGGAGUUGCAGGUGGUGUAACAGGUGCUGCUUCCAGCAUUACCAAUACAGUCAAACAAAAAUCACUCCGUGAGAAUAUUCAGAGAAUUCAGCAGAACUUUACAGGUGUGACACCACUUAUCGAGUCACUGAAUGCACUGAGAAGGGUACUAAAAGUAAUCCAAAAGAUCAGAGAUUUUGUCAGUGACUCCUCUGACAACGUGAAAAUGUCACACGAUGUAGACAGAAGAAGACUAGUGUGUGCCACAGAACUCAUGCAUCUAGGUCUGCUGGCAAAUGUUGGCAGAAUUGCUGCUCAAACCGCCAGAGUAGGACGCGCAGCAGCAACAGCAGUAGCCACAGUCACAGGAGUGUUGAGUGGACUAUUAGUCGUUGUUGACACGGUCUUCAUAGUGAUGGAUUCUCUAGACAUUCACCAGAUGAGACAGGGAAAAGUAGAUGAUCCAAACAAGGUGAAGUCAAGUUUACUGAAGUCUAUUGCUGAAAUGAGGAAAACACAUACAGAACUAUGCAAUGUGUAG